CUUUCCUCAGGUCACGUGACAUAUACUGGGUAGCCAUCUUGAACUUUUUGUUCUCGUGUAGAGCGAUAACAAGCGUCUUGCAGCAAAAACAGCAUCAUGUCGGAGACUCUGACAUUCGGACCUGAGUGGCUUCGUGCACUUUCCAGUGGGAACAGUGUCACUUCACCUCCUCCCUCCCCCGGCCUGCCGAAGUACAAACUGGCCGAGCACCGCUACGGGCGCGAGGAAAUGCUCGCACUCUUCGAGAAGAAGUACUGCACAGACUGCCCGUCCGAGUUAGACUCCUUCCAGAGCAUCUUGAGUAAAGAUGUCCUCCUUCCGCUCGCGUUGAUCCCUCUUACAGAGGAGGAACAGCGCAAUGCCUCGAUAUCAGUGAACAGCACAGCCGUUCUGCGGCUGAUGGGCAGAGGGGGAGGGGCAUCCAGAGGUGUGCGGGGCGGGGGAACUCGUGGACGAGGGCGAGGUCGCGGGGAGGGAGGUUUUUAUCGAGUCGGAGACGAUGACGGACCGGGGGGAUUCAUUCGUCCUAGUUAUAGCCGCAGUCAGAGCUGGGAUGAAGGAUCUGAUGUUGACAAUCUCCAUUUCAGGGGUGGGGACAGAAGAUUUGACAAGAGACCUCCUAUGGAGCUUGACAUGUUUUCCACAGUUGGUCGGUCAUUUGAGGAAGGGGGGCCGCCCUCACCGCGGAAAUUCGAAUUCAGUAGAGGAUCAAAUAGUGACAACUGGCGGGCCAGAGAUCGCGACCGCGCACUCGACCGAGAGCGGGAAGACGAGGAUGAUGAGGGCGGUUGGCGGUCGGCGGGACACAGAGGGUCGGAGAGAUGGAAACAGAUGAGCCCUGGGGUAGCUAAGCCUCCUCCUGGUGAUUUCAUAGGUGGACCAAGAAGCGCCGGUUGGCGGGACUUCAACGGGCGCGGGGAGAGAGAACGGCACUUCGACUUCGAUUUCCGGUCUGGUCGCGAGCGGCACUUCAGCGGGGGCCGGCAGCGGUCGCACAGCGGGGACUGGGCAGACGACAAAGAGGACCUCCCUGAUUGGUGCAUGGACGACAGUAUUGAAACAGACGGCGUGGGGACGUUUGAUUCGUCCGGGGCCUUUGUUUCCCUUAAGAAGGGAGAAAAGGAGCCAGAGCCAAUAGAAGAGGAGGCUGAAGAGGAACUUGCUGCCAAACAGGAGGAGGAAAAACAAGAGUCUGUAGAUCAGUCCAUCGAGCCACCACCAGUGGAAGAGGAAGAUUUGGAGGACAGUGGUAGACCACACAUGGAAACAUCCAGACCAGAAGAGCCGAAGCCAGAGAAGCCGGCUCCAGCCUCCACCAGGCAGCCACCUCCCGAGAGCAAGCCUAUCCCAGAACCCAUCCCCAUGCCCUCCAAGGAGCCCUCCCCCCCUCCCCGAGAGAUGCCCAUGUCUGCCCCCCCUGUUGUAAAUAGCCAAUCCCCUCGUCCCCCCUCUCAGCCCUCCCCCCGGCCCCCUUCUCAGCCACCCCCCAGGACUCAGGAAAGUGCAAUGACUCCCAACCCCCCUUCAUCUCAGGCAGCUAACUCACAGGUGAUGGUGAGUGUGACGGAGAAUCCUGUCAGCUCGGCGGCAGGUAUUACAGUCCCUACAAGCAAUACUGCACCAGUAGUAGACGAUGAGGCUCUAGACAUUCAGAUAGAAAAGGCUGCAGAGAGCCUUGUAGCAACAAUGACAGCAGAAGAUGAUGAAAAGUUAGAAGAUACUUCUAGUCAACCAAAGGGCCUACCCAUGACACAAGAGACUGCCAACAAAUGGUUUUACAAGGAUCCACAAGGAGAAAUACAAGGUCCCUUCAGCUCACAGGAGAUGGCGGAGUGGUUUACUGCCGGCUACUUCACCAUGACCCUGCUGGUGCGGCGGGCAUGUGACGAGCGGUUCCAGCCACUAGGAGAACUCAUCAAGAGAUGGGGAAGAGUGCCUUUCAUGCCUGGACCCACCCCGCCGCCCUUGUUGAACAACCCAGCAGCCAGCUCGGCCUCUUCCACGGCGGUGACCUCAUCUAACCCCUCUGUGGCUGCGACGGUUGCGUCGUCGUCCCCGGCCAUCGACGCGUCUGUCCUGGAGCAGCACAUGAUGAAGCAGCAGUACCUGCAGCAGCAGCUCAUGCAGCAGCAGAUGCUGUACAUGCAGCAGACUGGGUUUAUACGGGCGCAGUCUCAGCAGCUGCAGCAGCAGUUGAAGCAGCCGGAGACGAUGGGGAACAUCGGGCUGCAGCAGCACGUCCAGAGGCAGAUGGUCGCCCUGCAGCAGCAACAGCAGCAGUUACAGACCCUGUUCAAGCAGCAGCAGACCCAACUCCAGCAGCAGUACCAGCAACUACAGCAGCAGAUGCUGCAGCACCAGAGAAAACAGCAGUCUUCCCAGGACAGAUCUCCCACAGCGGAGCUCCCUCCCCAGCCCACCCCCACCCCUCAGCCCCAGCCCCCGCGUGGUCGCCCGUCCUCACCGGACAAGGGCACGGCCAUCUGGGGCCAGCCCAACGCCCCGGCCGGCGGCUGGAUGGAGGGCGGGAGUGUGUGGGACCUGGACCCGCCCAAAUCCUCAGCACCUUCCAUGGACGACAUUCAGAGAAUGGAAAGAGAGAAGGAGGAAAAGGAUCGCAGAGAAGCGGAGCUUCGUCUACAGAAGGAAAAGGAGGACGACAGUCGGCGGAGACGGGAGGAAGAAGAGAGAAGGAAGACAGACGAACUCAGGAGGCAGCAGGAGCUGGAAUUACAGAGACAAGAGGCCGUUCGCAGACAGAAGGAGGAGGAAGAGAGAAGAAAAAGGGAGGAAGAAGAACGCAGGAAACGAGAGGAAAUUGAGCGGCAGAGGGAGAUGGAGAGAGCACGCGAAAUCGAGCGCCAAAAAGAAAUGGAGAGGCAACAACAAAAGGAAAUGCAAAGGCAGCAGGAGUUGCAGAGACAGCAGGAGCUACAGAGACAGCAGGAGCUUCAGCGCCAGGAGCUGGCCCGUCAGCAGGAGCUGCAGAGGCAGCGGGACCAGCAGAGACAGCAGCAGGAGGCCCUGCGUCGGCUCCAGGAACAGCAGAGACAACAGAUGCAGAACGCCAACCUGCUGUCCCAGCAUUCCCUGUGGGCCCAGCAGACCAGCUCGGCCCCGUCCACCGUGCCAUCUCUUGCCCAGAUUCAGCAGAUGCAGGAGGAGAAGGAGAGGAAGCAGAGGGAAGAGCGUCAGAAACAGAUGACUGCCAGUCAGCAGAUCCAGCAGCAGCAGCAACAGCAGCAGCAGCAGCAGAAGAUGAACCCUGGCAGCUGGGCAGCAGGACAGGACGCGUCUUUUUUCUCCGGCAGGGGCCCCUCGGGUUCCGGCAAAUCCUUCCUGGAGAUCCAACAGGAACAGGCUCGACAGCUGGCCAAACAGCAGCAACAACAAAAACCACACGCCAACCUAAGCCUGGGUGCUGCGUCUGUGUGGGGUAACACCAACACAGCAGCGGCCACAGCCUGGGGCAGUGACGGCACCAGUGUGUGGGGAGACCCCAGCUCCCAGUCCAGCAAGGGUGGCUUCUGGGACGAGGCCGCCCACGAGAUGUCCUCCUCCAACAAACCUAGAAAAAGUUCCGUUCCCAUUCCGCAACCCAUGGAUCAGGACUUGUCACAGCUAGAUUGUGAUCCAUAUGCCCAAGGUGCAAUGAUGAAUUCAAAGUCUAAUAGUAAAUCCAGUCGAAUGAGGGAGGAGGAAAAUGUCCGUAAGCUCUUCCAAGCCAACUAUGCCGCUGAUGACUUCACCAAAUGGUGUGAAACCGCCCUGAGAACAAUCAGUGCAGCUUCUGCCAUAGAUGGGAAUUACCAGUAUACUGACUUUCAGACAACAGUGCCUACAUUUGUAAAUUUCCUUAAAGAUGUGGAGUCUCCUUAUGAGGUCCACGACUAUAUCAAGUCCUAUUUGGGUGAGACCAGAGAGGCCAAAGAAUUUGCCAAACAGUUCCUGGAGAGACGUGCAAAGAGAAAACAGGAAAUGCCUUGGCCUCACCAAGGUCCACCUACUUCCACUCCAUUAGUGCCAGCCCCAACCCAGCAGCCAAUCCAGCAGCGCCCAGGUGGCAUGACUGUACAGCAGAUCCACAACAUGUGGUCUUCCCAGGUGCUGGAUAACGGUGAUCCCAAGAUGAAGGGAAAGAAGAAGAAACAGCGGAUGCAACCUAUCGACCCGAGUAUCCUCGGCUUCUCCAUCAACCCGAGCACGGAUAUCAUCAACCGCGGCGAGAUCGAAACCGUGGACGACUUGUAAAUACCGGACAGGGGGAGCAGGCGCAAAAACCUUUCGCAGGAUAAACAAAUUUCAGCUUGAGCCAGUAGAACUGGAGUCCUAGAUUCUUAGAGCAGUUCUUGUGAUCCUCUAUAUGAAAACAAAAAACUGUCAGCUCUAGUCAACCUUUGUGAGCACUCAUCCUUGUUGGAGCAGGAGUUUCAUAAUCGUAGGAAAAGUUUUCAAUUUUAUUGAGUUUACAAAACGCACAUGUGAACAGUGGCAACAGUGAGAUGGCCGUUGUCACAGUUUAGGCACUAGCUGCUGUAUGAAGAACUAGCCUACAGUCAGUCUAAACGGUAUUGUCAUGUUUACAACUACGGGAAUGUCAAGUUCGGUUAACAGUGUGAACAUGGAUGUAACGUGGCGUGAGGUAGCCAGCACACAUGUACAGGGUACACAGAUAGGAAUACUGCAAAGAGUGCCAUGUUCAACCUUGCAUGUUGUGUUAUCUACGGAAGUUUUUAACUGUUAUGUGGAAUACAAGACUGCGAGCUUGUCUUUUGUGGUUAGAUUUAAACCAAUACUAGUAUUAAAGGAUUUUUCCGUUUUGUUCAGCUAGGAUUUCCCAGUGUUAAGAUGAAUGCAGGCUUGAAGUUGCUGCACAUGAUGUGUAUGUUUUUCUUGCAAGACUUGCCACCCAAUGGUAAUGAAAAGUACAAUCUGUCAAAUCGUCUGAAAAAUUGACGGACAAGAAAAGAGAACAAAAGAAGGAUGGAGAACGAUGCAAGACUGCAACAACAGUUCAAUUGUAUUUAUAUUUGGAUGAGGUAACUCUUCUUUGCAAUGGUGCCUUGCAGAGAAGGGAUGAAAGAAGUGUUGCAUGGCUGGGUACAGAGACUUUGAUAUGAUUACAGUAAGUUUCCUAGUAAACAUUUCAGGGCUGCCCUGUCUGUUGCUAGUCAUGUGCAAGAAGGCACAUACAUUCAGCAAGAGUUACCCAGAAUGUCAGCCACAUCAUAAUUUUCUCAGUUGUGAAUUGUAAUAUUGUAUCUAAGUAUAUGAGUUUAGACCAUGUAUAUUCUUUGUAAAUUGAUAUGUAAAUUUGAUCAUAUUGUAUGUUAUGUUGUUGUGUUGAUUCAAAAGUUACGUCGCAAAUUUAUGAGUUGAAUGUUUCUUUAAUAGUAGUGUAUUAGUAGCAUUCAAGUUGCGUUCAGUUGUAAACCAAAGUACUUCGUAUCGAUUCCUCGAAGGUGAACUACAGCUGUCAAAAAAGUGAAACUCUGAAAACAUUAGUCUUCCUUCACACUCUAACUAAGGACUCGAUCAGUUCGAUGUGUACAGUUUUUUGCAUGAAGAAACCUUUAGCCACAUGUGACAUGUUAUAGGUUCCUCUUGCAAGUACACAGACUUCAUAACAUUAGGACUUUCCAUAACACAGGUAGUCUCCAUAGACUGAUGCUGUUGUCAGCUGACAUUUUAGAAUAACCCAUGAUGUAUUGUUAUAAACAUACCUUGUGUACCACAAUACAAUAGUCAGAUGUUCCACAUGUGCAUGUGCAAUGAUGUGGAAAUGAAACAGGCUCUCUGAAAGACGCCUAUGCCCCUGCUGCGUCUAAUGUUCUCAUCCGUUGUUGCAUGGUAUCCGUGCCGGGUUGGUUUUACUAUUGGGACAGUGAAACAAGUGGGAAGAGUGUGCUUGCCGUCCUUUUGUAGCCAUGUUAUAGGGCAAGUACGUGUCAGUAUGGGCGCUGUACAGGGUACAGGCUCGGUCAUCACCUCAACUGUUAUUUUUAACAAAACAUUUCUGAGAGAGCAGAACUGUUAUAAGUCGUAAUAAUGUACUGAGACAUUACAAAUGCAAGGAGUGAGAAGUGAUGUUAUUGACUGUAAAAAAAAUGCAGUUACUAUGAGGGUUAUAAAAUGUGCUGCAAGACAAUUGA